UUUCCCGGUAAAGCUGCUUUAUUUCUCCAACAUGGCGACACUCGCUGUCAGACGGGCUCCGGUUUCUGGAUUCAGUUUCGAAAACUGCAAGAGAAAUGCGCUUUUGGAAGGUGAAGCUAGCAAGGUGGGCUGCAGUCUGCCGGCUGCUCGCAAAACAGGAACCACCAUCUGCGGUGUGGUCUUCAAGGACGGAGUCGUCCUCGGAGCCGACACCAGAGCCACUGAAGGCAUGGUGGUAGCCGACAAGAACUGCUCCAAGAUCCACUACAUCUCCACCAACAUCUACUGCUGCGGCGCCGGAACAGCUGCAGACACGGAGAUGACCACUCAGAUCAUCUCCUCCAACCUGGAGCUGCACUCCCUGUCGACGGGCCGGCAGCCGCGCGUGGCCACCGCCAACCGCAUGCUCAAGCAGAUGCUCUUCAGGUACCAGGGCUACAUCGGAGCUGCCCUGGUGCUGGGCGGAGUGGACUACAACGGCCCCCACCUCUACAGCAUCUACCCUCAUGGCUCCACUGACAAGCUGCCCUACGUCACCAUGGGCUCUGGCUCUCUGGCCGCCAUGGCUGUGUUUGAGGAUCGUUUCCGCCCCGAUAUGGAGGAGGACGAGGCCAAGCGUCUGGUGCGGGACGCCAUCGCCGCGGGAAUCUUUAACGACCUGGGCUCAGGCAGCAACAUCGACCUGUGUGUCAUCACCAAGGGCAAAGUGGACUACAUCCGGCCCCACGACGAGGCCAACAAGAAGGGCGUCAGAACUGGAGACUACAAGUACAAGAAAGGCACUACAGGCGUGUUGAAGACGGCCGUGACUCCUCUGGACCUGGAGCUGGUGGAGGAGUCCAUUCAGACCAUGGACACGUCCUGAACCUGUUCAGACCAGGGACACGUCCUGAACCUGUUCAGACCAGGGACUCGUCCUGAACCUGUUCAGACCAGGGACUCGUCCUGAACCUGUUCAGACCAGGGACACGUCCUGAACCUGUUCAGACCAGGGA